AUGAUAGACAAGGUCAUUAUCCAGCAUGAUUUCCGGUACGUGAUACAAGACGUGCAAAGGGGUAUGGUGGAGAAAGAAAGAUUCUGGGUCUAUAUCAAUGACGAGCGAACCGAUUUUGAGUGUGUGGGCAAAGAUAUCGUCUCAUUAGGAGCAUGGAAAUUCGAGGAGAAGCACGGCGACAUCGUGCUGAAAAAUGGAUCCAAGAGCAUCACCCUGAAACAACCGUCGUCGAGUAUGAAUGCUGAUUAUGAAAUCAACUGCGUGGCUGCCACAGACGAUGGCAAACGUGCUAUAGGUGGCACACAGGGACAGCUCACGUUUAUAAGUUCCGACGGCAAGUGUGUUGAGGUGCACAACGCCCACUAUUCAGAUAUUCUACAAAUACAGUACUUUCCAAGCAAGCAGGUGGCAAUGACAAUUGGUCUCGAUUUCAGCAUCAAGAUCUGGUCUGUGCUGGACGGAAGCAACCCAAGAACGAUGCGCAAGCAUGCUGCAAUGCUCACAGCCCUCGCUGCCAUAGGACGCGGGAGAAACAUUAUCUCUGGAGCGCGUGAUGGUGCGAUUUAUAUAUGGGAGUGUGCCAGUGGAGAACCAGUAUGGGAGUUCCGGCGAGUGAAAAAUUUGACAGACCCUGUGGUGGGACUCGCCGUGAUAGACACUGGGGAGCCCGGGAAUGAUGCCCGGCCGGUGUCUGAUUCCAUAUUUUACGAGACAGAAAACAAAAACCUGUUGGUUGGCUACGAAAGCGGUGUGGUGGCAACGUACGAUUUGGAAACGCGCUGUUCUCUUGGUGAGUUCGCAGCGGGGGACAAAAUGUCUGCAUUUGCUGCUAAUAAGGAAAUUUUGGUGACGGGCCAUUCUGAUGGCACAAUAAGGUGUUUUCGAGGAUCCGAAAAGAUAUGGGAGCUCCAUAGCGAUGAGGAAGUUCGCAAAAUACAAAUAUCAGACAGAAAAAUCUACUGCCUUCAGAGACAGGUGGCGAUCAUCGACUAUGAUGGAGAAGUUGAAUCUAUAUUCAGCGAUUAUUACGGGCUGAACGAUUUCUGCGCAAUUCCUGGUAGCUUGUAUGUCGCCUGCAAGGACAACACCUUGAAGAAGAUCAGUUUGUGA